GGCGCUGAUUCUCAGGAAAGACGACCGGUCUUUGGUCCUAUUCAACCACCCUCAACAGCUACACAGCCAUCCGAUAAUGUAGCAGCAUCUGAUGCAAGUUCUACUCAACCGUAUUUUAAUCCAUUCAGUAUGUUUGCCAAUUCUAUGCUCUCGGGUACGAGAAACAGCUCUGGCUUUGCGACUUCACCUACAUUGCCAUCGCAUGAACUGCCAGGCCAAUCUUUGCUUUCUCCCGAGUUUUUGGGAUCUGGGUCGGCUGCAUCUGAUAGAACUAAUACUGCACCAACAGGUGGUUCUAUUCCAAUACCGAGUUCAUUUGGUCCAAAUGAUCGACAAGGACUUGCUAAUCUUGCACUCCCCUUUGCGCUUUCGCUCAUAAUGCGAACCACUCGAGCUAAUUCAGGACUGCGUGAUGCACAGCCUACAUCUUCGACAGCGAUGGAUCCACAGCAGUCUGCAACCAACGACACGACGACACAUUCUGACACUAUACCUCGUGGUGUAGACGAACAGUCAUCCAACCAGGCCCAUUCAGGUGGUGAUGAUCAGAGGGGUUUGAGUGAUGAUGAAGCAGGUGAGAAUGAGCAAGCAACACCACGCGCUUCUCGUACACGAUCGCUUCCUGGAUUAGGAGAUGCUGGCACUACUCCAGGCAGUAUGAUACGAUCACUUUUGCUUCAAACGCUUCUUGGAGCAGCACUAUCAGGGCUUGGGCCGUCUUUGGAUGGUGGUAUUUUGGGGUCUACAGGUGAUGGAGCGAAUCGAGAUGGCACUGGUGAUGCCCAAUCUGAUGCAACAGAUACCAAUGCGCAGCGAAGAUCUCAGGGAUUAGACUAUGAUAUGUUGCUUCAGCUCGGUGAGAUGCUUGGUCCUGCUCGUCGCAUGAAUGCUCAACAGAGCGAUGUAGACGAGCACAUUCCUAUGAUUGUUUAUAAGCAUGCAGAUGCACUACUGCCAAGAGUGUUUGCAAAUACUGGAGUGGAGUUUGAUCCUAUGCCAGAAUCAACAUCAACCGACACAAUUGUAGCCGAGAGUCUUGGAGUAGAUGAAUCGACAGAUCAUAGUGAUUUGAAAUCACUGCUGGUAUCUAAACCGAUAGACUAUGGAGUGCAGCAUCUUCUUGGUGAAACACACGAGAAAUGUACGAUUUGUCUGACACCCUAUGAAGAGGAUGACGAGCUACGAAUACUGUCGUGUCGACAUGGAUUUCAUAAGACGUGCUUGGAUCAAUGGCUUGUAUCUUAUCGCAACUCAUGUCCUAUAUGCCGAUCCAAGGGAGUAGCAUCGUCCAAUGCGCCAGACGCGACAACAAAUGAUACAACAGUUGGACAGGGAGCAGCAGGUGGUCGAGAUGGUUCAAGGUCUGAACUUCCCAAUGCAAUUUUAUUUUUACUUUCGUAAUAGAAUGAUCGAUACUAGUGCA